AUGUCAUCGCACUGCCAGACAACCGAAAUUUUGGUACACAUUGAUCAUUAUUACAACAUUUCUUGUCAUUACAAGAAAGCGCGGAUGGUUAAGUGGUAUAAUCUUCGCCUGCCACGCGAAGGGCCCGGGUUCGAUUCCCGACUUACAAACACUACAGUAUAUGUAGAUGAGGGUUUCCGCAAUAUUCUUGACACAGAACAGGAAAGGUCAAAGAUGGAUUACAUCAUAUAUAUUGCUCCAAUGGUUUAUCUGUACUACACCUCACCUUUACUGACCACCUAUACUGACAGUUCUUUAAAACCUCCAAUCAUCAACAGCAAAAAAACACGUCUUUAA